UCUGAUAGUAAUUUCUAGCUCACAGUCAUUGUGUCACGAAUACGGCUCCCGCGGCUCCUCCUCCCGGCCGCCGGAGGGAGCCAUCACCUGAGUUCUGAGUCACUUCCUUGUGGACUACGUUACCCAUAGGCCCUCAUUCCUGGGACUGAUUGCACACACCUGCAUUGCAUCACACUCACACUAUUUAAGACGCACACACGCAUCCAUACACUGCGAAGUCUUGAUUUGCCCCGGUGAUCACUACUGAGCGUUUUCUUGUGGACUGUUACCUUGCUAUCGAUUGGACUGUUUAUCUUUUGUGAACCUCUGCCGCCUGCCUUGAACCUUGCCUGUUUCCUGGAUUACGUUUGUCUGCUGCCUGCCCUGAACUCUGCCUGUUAAUUAAGCUUUCCAAGAUCUUUAUGACUUCAGUUUAAACUCUACGAAACUCUGUAAAGGGAUCCUUGUCCAAAGACUGCCAUCGAAUCACUCUCCAAAACUACACAUAGAAUCAGUGUUUCCUGUGGAAACGUUUUAUUUUCUUAUCCUUCACAAAGUUUGUCACAGCACCCCCCCUUUUGGGGCCAUGCCCCACCUGUUAAACAAUGACACGUCCUUCAGCUCCAAGCAAGAGCUUCUGGUCCUACAUGACAGUCCACUGGGACCCGGUCCAGGCACUCCCAGCCCUGUGGAGUCCCAUGACUCUGGGCCUGGCAGCCCAGCUGGAAAUGCACACACUGUGUUCCACAAUACAGGCAAACGGGGGCUUGAGCUCAAAGAGCCUCCCACUGGGGUGAAAUUUGUCCCAACGGUCUCUGAGAAUCUUUGUGGAUGGGGUGCACUGACCCCACGGUGUAUCCAGACCUUCAACACCCCACGCUGGCUUCUCUUCUUCCUAUGUGUAGCCUCCUUCCUCCAGGGCAUGAUAAUCAACGGCUUCAUCAACACUGUCAUCACCUCCAUCGAGAGACGUUUUGAUCUACGCAGCUACCAGGCGGGACUUAUCGCGAGCUCCUACGACAUUGCUGCUUGUGUGUGCCUGACAUUCGUGAGCUACUUUGGUGGUACGGGUCAUAAGCCUCGAUGGCUGGGCUGGGGUGUGCUCAUCAUGGCACUGGGGUCUCUGGUCUUUGCCCUGCCCCAUUUCACCACACCUCCCUAUGAGGUGAGAGUAUCUGAGCGCAUGGGAUUGUGCUCGGCCAAUCACACAGAGACAUGUGUCAGUGACGAAGGUGGGCUGUCAGCGUACCGUUAUGUCUUUAUGCUGGGCCAGUUUCUUCAUGGGGUCGGGGCAACCCCUUUGUACACCCUCGGGGUCACCUACCUAGAUGAGAACGUCAAGUCAAACUAUGCUCCUGUAUAUAUAGGGAUCUUCUACACAGCUGCCAUUGUAGGACCUGCGGCCGGUUACUUGCUGGGUGGAUUCUUUCUCAACAUUUACACAGAGAUCGACCAAACGACAAAGCUGACUCCUGAAAACCCACUGUGGGUGGGAGCUUGGUGGAUUGGUUUCCUGGCAGGAGGGGCGGCAGCUCUGGUUAUCGCUCUGCCUAUACUGGGUUACCCACGGCAGCUACCAGGCUCUCAGCGAUAUGUGGCCAUGCGUGUCUCAGAGGCCCACCAGCUGAAGGAUGGCAGUCAGGUCACUGCAUCUGAUCCUCAGUUUGGAAAAACAGUAAAGGACAUGCCCAGGUCAAUGCUGCUUCUUUUAAAGAACCCUACUUUCAUCUUUCUAUGUCUUGCUGGUGCUACAGAGGCCACGCUCAUAGCUGGGAUGUCCACGUUUGGCCCCAAAUUUCUCGAGUCUCAGUUUAGUCUGAGUGCUUCAGAAGCAGCAACCUGGUUUGGGUAUAUGGUGGUACCAGCUGGUGGAGGUGGCACCUUCCUGGGUGGCUUCAUUGUAAAGAAGCUGAACCUUCGUUGCCGUGGUAUAAUCCGUUUUUGCAUGCUGUGUGCAGUGGUCAGCCUGAUGGCUAUCUUCAUAUUUUUGGUACACUGUCCUAAUGUGCCCAUGGCAGGAGUAACUGCCCCAUACUACAGCAACUUCACACACAACCACUACAGCGCCCCCUACCAGCAGACAGAAAUCCACAACAGCAGCUCCUCAGAUCUGGGCAAUCUGACCGUAAGCUGUAACAUUGGAUGUCACUGUGUUGAGCAGUUGUUUAACCCCGUGUGUGGUGCGGAUGGAGUGAUGUAUUUCUCUCCCUGCCAUGCCGGCUGCAGCUCCCUCAACCACACAUACAGCCCCAGAGGCAGAAAGGUGUUCUCCAGCUGCAGCUGUGUGGUAGGGAAUAUAUCAUGGGGAGAACAAGGUUUUGCUGAAGAAGGGAGGUGUGUGUCAUCCUGCAAUCACAUGCCAGCCUUCCUCACCUUCCUCUUCGUCAUCAUCUUCUUCACUUUCCUCUGCAGCAUCCCUGCACUUACUGCCACACUCAGGUGUGUUCCUGACAGUCAGAGAUCGUUUGGACUUGGAAUCCAGUGGAUCGUGGUAAGGACUCUCGGUGGGAUCCCAGGCCCCAUAGCGUUCGGCUCAGUGAUUGACAUCUCCUGUCUGCUGUGGGAGGAGCAGUGUGGAGAAUACGGUUCUUGUUACCUGUACCACAACUCAGCCAUGAGCCAGUACUCGCUCAUUGCAGGCAUCAUUUACAAGGUUUUAGGCACUUUCUUUUUCUUGCUGGCUGCCCUGCUCUACCAGCCGCCCCCUGAGUCUCCUCAGAGCAGCUGUGAGAGCACAGAUGUGGGAGGAGACAGAGACCUGCCAAUCAAAGACCUCCCCCCUGAGAUCAUCUCCAACCCGCAUGCCAAAUUAUGACCUCAGUCUUCAAAUACACUGACACCUCACCUCAAAUUGUGCAUAUAUGCGUCUGUGUGUGUGUGUGUGUGUGUGUGUAUAAGGUCAAUACCAUCACUGUUCACUGUGCCCCGUCCCUCCGGCUGUACAUUGUUCCCAACGUGCAUCUGUGAUAUAUUCUCAUAUACUCUCAUUGCUCACCAGCCUAAAACUCCCAAGAACUGAAAGCAUCUAUGUCACAAUGAAAGACCAAAGGUCAGAGGUGAAAUCAGAGCAUACAGUAUGAGUUACAUAAACAGUACCUAUCAAAAGCAAACAUAAUCUUAAUUUGAGAAUAGAUUAUGCAUUCAAACUGAUAUUUAUAUAAUUUAAAUGAAAAAAUCUGAGCAUUUUUGCAAGGAAAAAGCCAUAAACAAUAUAUAAAAAGAGCACUCAAUAUAAAUGUAAUGGAAAGAGAGAAAUACAGUAAUAUAACUGUGGAGAAAUUAUGACUAAAAGUGUUAUUCUAUGUAUAAAAGAUGUUGUAUUCAAAUGUAUUCAAACUGACAAUUAGUUACAAACUGUGCCUUUAAAGAGUUUUGCAUAAUUCAGCACAGUUAGAAUUAGAUAUUGCAGAAAAAAAUUGAUAUACAUUGAAACACCAUACUCACAAACUCUAAACUGCACUUUAAAACUCACUUCACUGAUGGAAAUAUACAUGCAAACCAUUUACAGUAGUGGCCAUUAAGCCAAGUUUUGUCCUGCAACACCAUACUACACAGUUCUAGUCCACAGUCUGAUACCAUCUAAAAGCAUGUAAGACUUGGAUUCUUGUAUUCAUAAAAUUCUGAAUAUUUUUAACAUUUUAAAAUGUGCCAAAAUACUGAAGCUCAGGACAGAGAGGCUUCAAGGUGUGAGGUCACAUAGAGGUGCAAGUGAGAGAUGAAGAGGGAGCAGGUUUACAAAAUGAACUUUUUGCAACUGUAUGCCAUGUUGUGAAAUAACCCCCGAGACGGGAUAUUCCUGAAAAGCACUUCGCUUCGAGACUACACUGAAAAUCAUUCUUGCACUGAUUGUCAGCCACAUUUAGGAUGACAUAUUGUCAAACAUUAUAAGACAGUUUCUUGGUUCUUCAUAAAAUAACAGAGCAUGCUGCAUUUCUUUUUGAAUGUAGCAAGAGUUUUUUUUUUUUCUUUUCUGGUGGAACAUUGAAGUACCCUAAGUGGCUUAAAUCCAAAUAUAAGAAGCAUAACUAAUAACAUAACUAAAAUCUACUUCAUAAACCUAAUUUGUGUAUAUCAACUGCUACUAAAGACACCUGACCAAUGAUACUUUAUGUUGAGGUUUUUAUUUAUUAUUAAAUGCAUUUGUUAGGAUUCAUUUUCUCGUGUUGUAUCAGAACUCUUUUUCUUUCCCUGAUGUGAUGGAUUUUGAUUGAUUACAUCGAUUCUCUGAUGGCAAACCCUGAAAGAUUUGCACAAUGAAACUAAAUGCAACAACAAAGAGUAACAUGAUGUUUGCAUUUGAAUUUAUGUUGGUUCAUGUGUAUGUUUUAUCCCAAGGACUGAAAGAAAGGUGUCUUGUGAAUGGGCCUGUUUUUGUCUUCAUUGAUAUUUAUUUGUGAUUUUUUUAACCACUGUGUUUCUAAUCACUUGCAAUGAAAUUAGUUUUGGUA